UCAUGUGAUCUUCAACUUGGAGCAAGAAUCAUUACCAUGGGAAAUGGAAAAUUCUGUAAACCACCGACUUCCUGGAAGCCUGAUGAAAUGCCAUUUGGAAAAAUAUAUGCCUCUAAUGUGCCGAAGAACAAACUCCUAAGUGGGGAGAAUCUCAGUCAGCAUGACAAUAUGCACACUGGUCAGCAAUUUUUUGAACACAAUGAGAAAGAAAAAACUUUCUGUAAGGAGAAGAUAUUCCUUAUGUCUGAUAAAGCUGUUAUCAAAGAUCCAAGUAAUAAUCCACCUGUCAUAGUAGGAGAAAUGAUUGAGGUUGAAAAGAAAAUUUUCCAUAACAAUCCUUCCUUUGGCAAAGAUCAGCAAGCACAUUCAAGAGAGAAGCUCCAGGAAUAUUUCAAGAGUGAGAAAUCUCUUAUUUAUAAAACAGAACUAAAAAUAAAUCAGAUAAUCCAUACAGGAAAAGGUCACUUUACAUGUGGCUACUGUAAAAAAUCUUUUAGCUAUAAAUCUUGCCUUAUCACCCAACAGAGAACUGACAUAGGAGAAAAUGUUGAUGUGUGCAGUGAAUGUAAUAAAGCCAUUUACCAGAAGCCAGAACUCACUAGAAAUCAGACACUUCAUGCUGGAGAGAAGCAAAAUGGAUGUAAUAAGCUUGGAAAAGCCUUUUACCAGCAGUCAUCUCUCAUUAGACAGAGAAUCCACACAGGAGAAAAAUCUUAUGAUUGUAGUGCAUGUGGAAAAGCCUUUUUCAUGCAGUCAGAUCUUGUUAGACAUCACAGAAUACACAGAGGGAAAAAACCUUGUAAAUGUAAUGAAUGUGGCAAAGCUUUUUGUUGGAAGUCAGAGCUAAUCAUACAUCAGAGAAUCCACACAGGAGAAAAACCUUAUGAAUGCAGUGAGUGUGGAAAAGCUUUUCGUCGGAAGUCACACCUAAUCAUACAUCAGAGUAUGCACACAGGGGAAAGAGCUUAUGAAUGUACCGAGUGUGGCAAAGCUUUUUGUUGGAAAUCAGAGCUAAUUAUACAUCAGAGAAUCCACACAGGGGAAAAACCUUAUGGUUGUACUGAAUGUGGAAAAGCUUUUCGUCGGAAGUCACACCUAAUCAUACAUCAAAGUAUGCACACAGGGGAAAGACCUUAUCAAUGUACUGAGUGUGGAAAAACUUUUUGUCGGAAGUCAGAUCUAAUCACACAUCAGAGAAUACACACAGGGGAAAAGCCAUAUGAUUGUACUGAGUGUGGAAAAGCCUUUAGCCAGAAGUCAGAUCUAAAAAGACAUCAGAGAAUCCACGGAGAGGAAAAGCCUUAUGAAUGUAGUGAAUGUGGGAGAGCAUUUUGCAUGCAGUCAGAGCUUGUUAGCCAUCGCAGAAUCCACACAGAGGAAAAACCUUAUGAAUGUAAUGAAUGUGGAAAAGCUUUUUUUUGGAAAUCACACCUAAUCAUGCAUCAAAGAAUGCACACAGGGGAAAAACCUUAUGAUUGUACUGAUUGUGGAAAAGCUUUUCGUCGGAAGUCACAUCUAAUCAUACAUCAAAGAACGCAUACAGGGGAAAGACCCUAUAAAUGUACUGAGUGUAGAAAAGCUUUUUGUCGGAAUUCAAACCUAAUCAUACAUCAGAGAACCCACACAGGGGAAAAACCUUAUGAAUGUAAUGAGUGUGGAAAAACCUUUACCCAGCAGCCAACUCUCAUUAGACAUCAGAAAAUUCACAAAAGGGAGAAACCUCAUACAUAUGAGUAUGAAAAAGCUGUUUAGCAGAAGUCACCUCUCAUUAGACACCAGAGAA